AUGGAAGAACUGGAGCAAGGCCUAUUGAUGCAGCCAUGGGCAUGGCUACAGCUUGCUGAAAACUCCCUCUUGGCUAAGGCUUAUAUCACUAAGCAGGGCUAUGCCUUGCUGGUUUCAGAUCUUCAAGAGGUGUGGCACGAACAGGUGGAUGCAAGUGUGGUCAGCCAUCGAGCCAAGGAGCUGAACAAGCGCCUGACUGCUCCCCCUGAGGCUUUUCUCUGUCAUUUGGAUGAUUUGCUUCGCCCACUGUUGAAGGACAUUGUUUGUCCUGGAAAAGCUACCUUCUCCUGUGAGCGUGUGGCGGGGGCACUGAUGUUACAGGUGCGGAGUGAGCUCUCUGGUCUCCCCUUCCAUUGGACUUUCCACUGUGUCCUGGCUAGCCCUUCCUUGGUCUCCCAACAUUUGAUUCGUCCUCUGAUGGGCACGAGUCUGGCAUUGCAGUGCCAAGUGAGGGAGCUGGCAACAUUGCUUCGUAUGAAAGAUCUAGAGAUCCAGGACUACCAGGAGAGCGGGGCUACGCUGAGCCGAGAUCGGUUGAAGACAGAACCAUUUGAAGAAAAUUCUUUCUUGGAACAGUUUAUGGUAGAGAAACUACCAGAGGCAUGCAGUGUUGGUGAUGGGAGACCCUUUGUCACGAAUCUACAAAAUCUGUAUAUGGCAGUCACCAGACAAGAGGUCCAAGUGAGACAGAAGCAUCAGGACGCUGGAGAUCCUCAGACCUCAAGUAGUGCCUCUGCACAAGGAACUGAUAGCCAACUUCUGAACCAGCCAGAAGAGCCAGUUUCCUCAUCACCAUCUCUCCCAGUGCCUGACAAAGAAGAGCCCACAGGUACUUCAGGCCCUGUGAAGAGACCUCAGCUGUCCAAGGUCAAGCGGAAGAAGCUAAGGGGGCUCUUCAGUUAA